CAAAGGUCUUCAGCAUUAUUCUGGCACGAUGCCAUCAUAAAUAUUGCCUUGUUCUCAAUUAAUAUUUCAUUUUCUUGAACCAUAGGUGGCUGAAUCUAUGGUAGAAAUUGCAGAUAACAUCGCAGUCUUACCCGACGAACAGCUUGGUAUGGCGGAGGAAGAGAAUAGCUCGCCAAGCCGUGUAGUCUUGGCUCUCGAAGCACAGCUAGCUGUCGUAGAAGUGGAAAAUGACAGUAGUCGAUUUGUAGAAGCCAAUGUUGCUGCUGAGGUACUUGAUGUGACCACCAAGGGCAUCAGCCAGGGUUAUACUGUCUUCAUGGCUGUGACUGAUGACGGUGAAAGCAUAUCUGACGAAGACUUCAAGGUGGAAGGAGGUGAUCUAACGCAAGAGCCAGAAGCCACCCAGGCACAGGUUACACUCUUCAUCCCGUCGGGUUUAGCGGACAAGUUUUCUGGACGCAGAGGGCGUCUCGUCAUCACGACGUAUCGCGUGCCAUCUCUGUUCCAGGAUACCGGGAUUGCGCAGUUCAACCAAGAUGUGGAAGAAUUCAAUCGAACCUUGAAUUCAAGGAUCAUAUCGGCGUCUUUCAAUAACGAAAAGGCGGAGGAUUUGAGCGAACCAGUCAGGAUAUCGUUUACUCCUGUGAAUCCAAAUGGGACCAAUGCUCGGUGUGUAUCCUGGGACUUUGACGACAAAGCCUGGUCUCAACGUGGUUGUAACACGAAGAGUAGUGAUAGCAGUGACAUGAUAGAAUGCGAGUGUAAUCAUCUGACUAACUUCGGAGUUCUUAUGGAUAUCUAUGGAGGAGAACAUUUACCUGAUGAUGCAGAUUUCAUCCUUGAGAUCAUUAGCUAUGUUGGUUGCCUUAUUUCAAUAUUGGGCCUUGUUCUGACAAUCCUAACAUAUGCCACAAACAAGAAGCUUCGAGACCGGAAACCCAACCAGAUUCUCCUAUCCCUCUCCUGUGCUUUACUUGGACUCUAUGUAGCCUUUUUAGUCAUGAUAUCAGUGGACACUGAGCGAGAUGUGACUGAACUCUCCCCUCUCCCUUGCGCAAUCCUGUCUGCAUUCCUCCAAUAUUUCACCCUGGCAGCUAUUUUCUGGAUGGCCGUUGAGGGCUACAACAUGCAUAAUCUCUUCGUACUGGUCCUCAAUGCCUAUUUGCCACGGUUUAUGAAGAAAGCUUCGUUGAUCGCAUGGGGUUGCCCUUUGUUAAUAGUCGGGAUUACUGCAGGUGCUUCAAGGCAGUACUACGCACAGACAGAUUUUUGCUUCCCUGCACUCUGGCCUCUGAUCUGUGGUCUCCUGAUACCUAUUGGUGUCGUCAUGAUCUUCAACGUUGUUAUCUAUGUUCGGGUCCUCAUGCGACUGAACAAAACUGUUAAAGGAAGACACCUUGACAAGACAGAGAAGCGCCAGCGGAUUCGACGUUUCCAGAACGCAGUUUGCAUCUGGAUUCUAAUGGGUCUCACGUGGUCUCUUGGUUACCUGAGCAUCAUACAACAAGCCAGUGCUCUUGUCCAAGGAAUCUUCACCGUACUGAACUCUCUUCAGGGGUUCCUUAUCUUCAUGCUAUAUUGCGUCAGACAGCCUCAGGUGCGCGAAAUAUGGCGUUCCCAGAGCAUAAGCUGCUUACCUAAAUCUUUCACGACGCCCUCUGCGGCCAGUUCCUCAUAUGGAAACGUUGUAUAUUCCGCUGAUUCUAACUUGAGUGCAUAGAAAAUAUAAGCAUUUUUGCAUGAAAAAGUGAUAUCUUCUAAAAAAAAGUGCGUUCCUUUCCAGCAUUGGGGAUGCGCUGGAGUCACUUGGUUAACCUUUCAAAAAGUAUAAUAUAUACACAAAAUAGUAUGUAUUUGUUCUGUAAUUUUGUCGGAAAAAACAUAGUAAU